UCCUGCCGUGCGUUUCCUUGGCCUCUAGGGGGAACCAGUCUGCGACGAGCCGCACUUCCUCGUCGUUGCAAAAGCACCUUUCGUGCCCUCGCGGAGCGCUCAGCUGGGUCCCUCCGGCUUCGUCGGUCGCUCCGGAGCCGCGCCGCUCCAGAAAUCCUCCGCCGAGAAAGGGCUGCGGCGAUCUGGAGGUGGCGAGCGAGCCGGCUCAGCGCUAGGAUCGGUGGUCGCGGAGGUUGGCUUUGCAACUUGGACGCAGCGAUGUCCAAGCCGCCGCCUAAGCCAGCUAAGCCAGGGCAGGUGAAAGUUUUUCGAGCCCUAUAUACAUUUGAACCCAGAACACCAGAUGAACUGUAUUUUGAAGAAGGAGACAUUAUCUACAUUUCUGAUAUGAGUGACACAAAUUGGUGGAAAGGAACCUGUAAAGGAAGAACUGGACUAAUCCCCAGCAACUAUGACAUCGUGGAAGUAUUAUUGACACAGCCAAAAGUAGAACUAAAUCAACAGAAUAAACUGGGAGACACAGCCCUGCAUGCUGCUGCAUGGAAAGGUUAUGAAGAUAUUGUAGAAAUUUUGCUAGGAAAAGGUGCCAGAACAGACUUAAGAAACAAUGAGAAAAAACUGGCUUUGGACAUGGCUACCAAUGCUGCCUGUGCUUCCUUGCUUAAAAAGAAACAAGGGCAAGGUAAGAUUUAACUUUUUUUUUUUUUUUGGCAUUUAUUCUCCCAGGACA